AUGCCUGGCUCACCUUUCAACGCGGAGAUGUUGCGGAUGACGGAUAAAGAGGCAUUUUUCAGAAGGCUAGACCAACUGGAUUGCCUCAGUGAUACCUCAGAAGGUGAAUUUGAUUGUCUGUUUUCAACCUCACGGCCGAAGGACGAGAAAGUAUCCCCCGGCUCCCACCAAUUCGAGAAGCCCUCGGCCUCGCCUCCUGUGACCAUCAACUCCUCUUCAGAUGCCGUGGCUGUCCACGGCGUCAUUUCAGCUCCUUCUAUAACAUCAACUCGUGAAGCCUGUAUUGCUAAGCCAAUUCUACAAAAGAGCAUGGGAGAACCAUCUAAACAUCUGGCGAAUGGAAAACGCAAACGGGGGUCGUCCGGGAAGAUAAUUCCUGAACGCCUACAGAUUUUUAAGGGCCUUGUGUUUUUUUUCUUUCCUAAUAGUGAUGCUUCUCCUUUACGACGUUUGCGUAUCCAAAGAGCACAGGAGUACGGCGCGUCAUGCGCAAGGGCUUGGGGAGAAAAUAUCACGCAUGUCAUAGUUGACAAGGGCCUAAAGUUUGACGAGAUCUUGAAACAUUUAAAGCUGGAGACCAUCCCGUUGAAUGUCGCUGUAGUGGACGAGUGCUACCCCGCCGAGUGUAUCAAAUUUGGCUGUAUCUUGAAUGUGACUCAAGUGCGAUUCCAAGUUAAAGGAACCUCGACUUUGUCCAAAACUAUAGGAGAAUGCAAUGCAUCUCUUGGAGAACCCCCGAUCAUUAGUCAGGGAUCUUUGCCUUUAAAGCCCGACCAAAAACAGCAACCACAGACUCAAACGUCAACGCGGUCGUUUGAGCAACGAAAUAUCCCUGCGCUUGAUCGAGAGCUACAUGCCGAGGACCACGAAGAAGCCACCGAAGAGAUAAUAUACGACAGUUUCCCGGACCGUGAACGCGAUGCGUUGGAUGACAUGAUAGAGGAGGCUAAAGCCGCUGAACACCUGCCUUUGGACCCGCUGGAUGGGCACGAUAUCCCCAAUGAUGAUACUCUAGCCGAGGCCUCCGGUGACGAGACGUCUGAUGAAUCGCAGCCAAUGUCUGCAAACCACAAGAGAAGAAAACCGUCGAGGGACGAAAAUAAUGCAGUCGGAUCUUGGCAACAAAAGUUUGUCUGCAUGCAGAAGCAUGAUUCGACCUCUAAUAAUCAGAACCCGAAUGCGAAGACCAUUGAGGUUCUCCAGCAAAUGCUGAAUUACUACACCCGAACAGCUGACCAUUGGCGCAUUAUGGCGUAUCGUAAAGCAAUCAGUGCUCUUCGUAAUCAACCCAGGAAGGUCAUUAACCGGGCUGAAGCUCUUGAGAUCCCUGGGAUCGGACCCCGUUUAGCGGACAAAAUUGAAGAAAUCGUGGUUACUAACCGACUUCGCCGUUUGGAUAACACGAGCAACACAGCCGAAGACCGUCUCCUCCAAAAGUUCUUGGGCGUUUAUGGUGCUGGACUCUCAGUUGCUUCUAAGUGGAUUGCUCAAGGCUAUAAAUCGCUGGAAGACUUGCGACGCGACGCAGCCUUAACGCGAGCACAGCGUGUUGGUCUUGAACGAUACUUUGACUUCUCCCAAAGAAUACCAAGAAGAGAGGUUCAAGAACAUGGAAGUUUUGUGCGGCAUGUGGUGCAAAAGGAGAACCCAGAGAUGCAAGUCAUCAUUGGAGGAUCCUACCGACGGGGGACAGCGAACUCUGGCGAUAUCGAUUUGAUCAUCACGAAGCAUGAUGCGACGAUCGAGGAGAUUCGAACGUUCAUGCUGGAUAAUGUCGUGCCAAAGCUAUUUGAACAAGGAUUUCUCCAAGUCAGUUUGGCAACCACAUCUCGAGAUGAUGGAUCGAAAUGGCACGGCGCCUCCAAAUUGCCAGAUAGCCAGCUGUGGCGACGUAUCGACCUGUUAUUUGUGCCUGGCUUAGAGCUCGGUGCCGCGCUGAUUUACUUCACUGGAAACGAUAUUUUUAACCGCAGCAUGAGACUCCUUGCGAGUAAGAAAUACAUGCGCCUCAAUCAGAGAGGACUCUAUGCGGAUGUACUGCGUGGGCCCCAAAGGGCGAAAAUAAACACUGGCCGAUUGCUCGAAAGUCGCGAAGAGCAAAGGAUAUUCGAGAUCCUAGGAGUCCCGUGGCGACCUCCAGAGCAUCGCAUAUGCUGA